CGUGGCUUGAGGCGGCCUGGCCACCGCCUACCCGGCUCUGAACCGCGGUGGCGGCGGCGGAGGAACUCUGCGCUCGCUGGCCGCGCUCGCUGCCCAGCAGAAGUCGCAGCUGCCAUCAGCUCCAGGCCGGGGCCAUGGGCGCCCUGCGCCACCCGGGUCAUGAGGACGGAGGCAGAGGCAGCGGGGCAGCCGCUGGAGCCCGGGGACUUUGUGCAGCUGCCGGUGCCUAUCAUCCAGCAGCUGUACCACUGGGACUGUGGCCUGGCCUGCUCCAGGAUGGUGCUUCGGUACCUGGGCCGGCUGGACGAUAGGGAGUUUGAAAAUGCCCUGCAGGAGCUGCAGCUGACCAGGAGCAUCUGGACCAUCGACCUGGCCUACUUGAUGCGCCACUUUGGUGUGAGACACCGCUUCUGUACCCAGACUCUGGGUGUGGACAAGGGUUACAAGAAUCAGUCCUUCUAUAGGAAGCACUUUGACACAGAGGAGACCCGAGUGAACCAGCUGUUUGCACAAGCCAAGGCCUGCAAGGUGCAAGUGGAGAAAUGCACAGUGAGUGUGCAGGACAUCCAAGCACACCUGGCGCAGGGCCAUGUGGCUAUUGUGUUGGUGAACUCCGGGGUGCUACACUGCGACCUGUGCUCCAGCCCUGUCAAGUACUGCUGCUUCACGCCCAGUGGCCACCGCUGCUUCUGUCGCACCCCCGACUACCAGGGCCACUUCAUCGUCCUGCGUGGCUAUAACAGGGCUACUGGCUGCAUCUUCUAUAACAACCCAGCCUACGCUGACCGAAUGUGCAGCACCCGCAUCAGUAACUUUGAGGAGGCCAGAACCAGCUACGGCACAGAUGAGGACAUCCUCUUCGUCUACCUGGACAGCUGACAGCAGGAGGAGCCUGGCAUGCCAGGUCUCAGACCCUGUGUUCUGUCUCAGCCAGGCCCACUCAGGAUGCCCAUGCCCAGGGCUUCUGGGGCCAGGGUUCAGAAUUGUAGCCUCAGCCUGUUGGACAGAGCUCUUGGGAGCUCUGUGACUGCUUUGUCCACUAGUAUCAUCAUGUCAUCCACCCUAAACACCUCGUAGCUGCUGGAGACAAGUCAAGCAUCUAAGGAAGUAUCUCUCAAGACCCCAAGUGUGCCUCCAGCUGUGACCAGUGGAAGACCCAAAGUCUUCCUCCAGCUGUGCCCAGAGGAAGACCUCAAGUCUGCCUCCAGCUGUGCCUAGUGGAAGACCCAAAGUCUGCCUCCAGCUGUGCCCAGAGGAAGACCUCAAGUGUGCCUCCAGCUGUGCCCAGAGCAAGACCUCAAGUGUGCCUCCAGCUGGCCUGAGGCAGGAACUCAGGAAGAGAAGUGGGUUUGGGAAGAGUGCAUGAAAAUCUAAGCCUGUGGCUCUGGGCCACUCUAAGCCCCGUAGUGGAUGGCGUCACUGCUCUCUCCUGUCUCCAGUGACUCAGGUCUCUGGGACUGGUUACUAGGAUGUUAUCACACAGCGUAAGCAUACCUCACAGCCACCCUGAGGCUCUCUGACCCCUGGGAUGCUGAUGCCUUCUUAGCCUCUAGGUACUGUCUGUAGAAUGGAAAGGUUUUAGGAGUGAGCAGGGCUGAAUAGAUGAGAACCGAAGAGAACUUUUUUUUUUUUUUUAGGAAAAGGGAGUUGACAGAGACUCCCCAGAGAGCCCCUGCGUCCACAAGGCCUCCUGGUACCAGCUUGCCUUCCCACAGCAAGAUCUGCCCUCUAAGUCUGGGAGCCUUUUGAGGAUGGGUGCUAGAGGGUCCGUGAGUCAGACAGGAAUAGAUACAGGUACUUUGAAACCACUAACCCUUCUUCACAUGGGGCACAUAGGCCAGUCCAAGUUCUUGGUUAACAAGAUGGCCGGUCUGGCCUGGCCAGCAGUCUGCACGCUGAAGCUGCACCAAAGACAGACGAAUGGGCCAUUUGUAAAGAAAGCAAGGGCCCACUCCUCAUGGGCACUCUCUGGUGACGCGUAAAGGGUGCCCCACGGCCGCUCACCGUCACUGUCCUCCAGAGGCCUUGGACUGUCAGUACCAAGGCAUGACGUGGCAGAAGCUGCUUCCCCUACCACUAGCUGCCCCCUCAUGGUAGUCUGGGGGACAGAGGUGGUCUGUGUUUACAAGGGCAGUCAAGACCAGUCACCCGUGUUACUUGUCAGUGUUAGACGAAGCCUUGGGCUGGAGUGAGGUGCUGUCAGCGAGGCAGCUGCCCUGAGUUUCAUUGGUUUCAGUCUGGGCUCGUUUCCCUUGCCUUAAUGCUGGGUGGUCAGGGCCCCAAGGAACUCUGGAUCUAAGCUCAGGAGCCCCACAUAGCAGCUAUGGGUAUGGGUGUCCUCUGAGGAGGCGCUGACAGAACUGUGAGACUAAGUGAUAGGAAGAGGUAAAGCCUUCACAGCAAGUGGAUGGGAUGAGGCGUGGCACACACCCACGUGAGUGCUCAUGGGAAGUGGCCGCCACAGAAGGUGGUCAUCUUCAUCCUCUAGGACAUUUAAAAAAUGCUCAGUCCCUGUACCCAGAUAAUGGCUUCUCAGGGCAAGUCUUAAGUUAUCGGGUCCACUUGUCUGUAAGAAUAACAAGAAAGCUGCAGUCUUCGAGAUCCACCUGCCUGAGGCGGGGCACGAGGCACACUGUGUUAUACUGCACGAGCCAUGAAUUGGGCUGGAGGAAGCCUUGCCAUCAGAUACUUAGCAUAGCAUGUAACACUUGGACUUCUCCGCUUCUGGGUAGCCCAGUGUAGGCCCUGAGGCCACAUGCAAAUUCUAGAUGAUUCUGAUCACUCUAGCCACAGGAGGAUGAAAGGGAUCUUUUGCAUAGCAGAGGAUUUUAUACAUAAAUAUAUUUUGUUUGUAAUGAGCCAUUCUCAAUAAAUAUCAUCACAGUA